AGAAUGUGAAUACUUUGAAGCAUGCUUUGAUUUUUGCCAGCGGAACAAACUGCAAACUGUAGCUACUUCACUGACAUGCCGUUGAAAUCUCUGCUCUGAAAGUGUGUGGUGAGUUACGAAAAUUCUGGGCCGACUUGCUCGUGGUGACCUGUUCCGAGGAGGGAGUGUUUAAAACGACGGUGGCAACGCUCUAACACUCAGACUUAGGGCUCUGGAGUGAGAGGUCUAUCCUUCCUGGAGUGCUGAAAACCGUCGUGCAGCACCGAUGUGACAGGAAGUCAUCUCGGUCCGUUCAAAUCACCGACUAUGAAUUCUCUGAGUGCCAAUUCCAAGUCCCACGUGAUGCCAAAAGCACUGUUAUUCUCUCUGCUGGCAUUAUCGGCUCUGCUGUUAGUGGUUGCGAUCGAUUCCGGCGAGCUUGAGGACAAUGGCAGAAACGAAGUUGCGCUAUUAGAAUCGAAGAGGCCCACUGGCCGAUUCUUACUCCAACGUAAUAACCCACGCGGUUACUACUGGUGGAACGAAUGCUACAGCGACAAUCGCUGCAGGCGUCUGUACCCAGGACCUGAGUACCGCGACAUAAGAUGCUGCUGGAACACAAGAAACAGCCUGCUGUGCAUCGACGUGGGUGGGGAAGAUAGAUUCAAUUGUGGUCGCUGCGCCCAGGCCUGCAACUGGCCUCGAAGCUGCUGCGGAGGCGUUUGCGUGAACCUGAAUUCCAACAGGAACAACUGCGGGCGCUGUGGAAACAUGUGCGGUAGAGGCGAUCGUUGCAUCCGAGGCAUGUGUAAUUACAACUGAUCGCAACUGUGCGUGGGUGCGUCGGCAAACUACCACUCAUUCUCACAACUUCAUCUAGUUCUCUACAACACCUAUAUAUAUAUAUAUAUAUAUAUAUAUACAUAUACAUACAUAGAGAUAGAUAGAUAUGUGUGUGUGUGUGUAUUGACAUACAAUCACUACCAUCGCAGCCAGUGCUUGAAUCAAUCCCUUACAUGCACCUGAGUCAGUCCUUCAAAAACUACUUGAAGCCGUCAGAUGCUCGCUUCAGGGCCUAGAAUACACGUUUAAAGAAACUAUUCAUAAUGUAGGAAAUUAGUCGAUCAGAUCGACGUCGAGAAGGGCUGUUAACGACGAAGACACUGAUUUUUGCAUAAUUCUAUUAAAUACAAGUUUUAAAGUUUUAUUCAUUAAAUCAAA